CUCGUGAAAGUGGACCAGAAAAUGCUGCAAUGUUGAUAAAUCGUUAGUGUUGAGGCAGUAGCUUCUAGCUAGCUGAAGUCAUUUUGGUCUGAAAUGUGCUGCUGGGGUCAUUAAAACGCAUGAAACUAGUAAUAGAAAUUGGGCAAGGCCGUUAACUUAUCCUUUCUUACGCGAGAAAAUCUGCAUCUGUUGUGACAACGAAUUAAGGAAGUGCCAGGGCUGUGCGGAAGAGGUGCGCCUCCCCCUCCCGACCCCCCCGACUGUGACCUCCCCUCUCUCCUGCGCAUGGAUAUGGACCCCGCCGCGCCCCGUUUCCCUGCAUGACAGGCCAGCGCCCCCCAAUCCGUCCCCAAGAUGGAGAGAAAACGGAGAAAGAAAUGAACGACACCGGGCCCCGUGUGACCAAGGCUUCUGCAGAGAGGACUGCGCGCCCCCCGACCCCCAGCUUUUCCCUUUGAACCCCAUGCUACCGCGUCCGCCGUUUUUCAGCUGCUGUUGUCAUUUACCGCGGUGAGCAGCUCCCCCUGGUGGCCGGGAGGAGCUAAGGGCCUGCAUUUCCGCCUCUUCCCCCGAAGGACCCAGAGUUGGCUCUGUGGGGGGGGCGGUCUCUCCAGCACCAUGUUUCUGGUGAACGUCUGGACUUCCAUGCUGGUGGUCCUGCUCUGCCGGGGCCUUCCGCUUGUGGAUACAGUUCCUGGGGAUGCAAACUCUUCCAGCUCCCCCACCCCCUCCACCCCAGCGGAGCCCCCCUGUGAUAACUGCUCCCAGGUCACCCUCAAAGUGGAGUUUUCCACUAGCAUCGUAAACCAUGAGUACAUCGUGGUGUUCAACGGCUACUUUAGCGCCAAGGCGCGCGGGCACUUCAUUGGCAGUGCCCUGCGGAGCUCGGAGGCGCUGGGCUGGCGCAUCGUGCCGCGGGACAACCCGGCCAGCGACUACCCCAGCGACUUCGAGGUGGUGCAGAUCCGGCAGGCCUCCCGCCAAGGCCUGCUCGCCCUGGAGGACCACCCCUACAUCAAGAGGGUCACGCCCCAGCGCCGCGUGCUCCGCAGCCUCAAGUACAGCGAUGCCCCCUGUAACGAGUCGCGCUGGUCUCAGAAGUGGCAGUCGUCGCGGCCGCUGCGCAGGGCCAGCCUGUCGCUGGGCUCGGGCUUCUGGCACGCCACGGGCCGCCACUCCAGCCGCCGCCUCCUGAGGGCCAUCCCCCGACACGUGGCCCAGAUCCUGCAGGCCGACGUGCUCUGGCAGAUGGGCCAUACCGGCUCUGGUGUGAAAGUGGCCGUGUUCGACACGGGACUGAGUGAGAAGCACCCGCACUUCAAGAACGUGAAAGAGAGAACCAACUGGACCAACGAGAAGACUCUGGACGACGGGCUGGGCCACGGGACCUUCGUGGCGGGGGUCAUCGCCAGCAUGAGGGAGUGCCACGGCUUCGCCCCCGAUUCGGAGCUGCACAUCUUCAGAGUGUUCACCAACAACCAGGUGUCUUAUACUUCCUGGUUUCUGGACGCCUUCAACUACGCGAUCCUGAAGAAGAUGGACGUGCUGAACCUCAGUAUCGGCGGGCCCGACUUCAUGGACCAUCCGUUCGUGGACAAGGUGUGGGAGCUGACUGCCAACAAAGUCAUCAUGGUCUCCGCUAUCGGAAACGACGGGCCGCUAUACGGAACCCUGAAUAACCCGGCCGAUCAGAUGGACGUGAUCGGGGUCGGUGGGAUUGAUUUCGAGGACAACAUCGCCAGGUUCUCAUCCCGGGGAAUGACCACAUGGGAGUUGCCGGGGGGAUAUGGGCGGGUGAAGCCGGACAUCGUGACGUACGGCUCGGGCGUCCGCGGCUCCGGGAUGAAGGAGGGCUGCCGCUCGUUGUCGGGCACCAGCGUGGCCUCGCCGGUGGUUGCCGGGGCGGUCACCUUGCUGGCCAGCACGGUGCUGAACCGGGAGCUGGUGAACCCCGCCAGCAUGAAGCAGGCGCUCAUCGCUUCGGCCCGCCGCCUCCCCGGGGUCAACAUGUUCGAGCAGGGCCACGGCAAGCUGGACCUGCUGCGCGCCUACCAGAUCCUCAACAGCUACCGGCCCCAGGCCAGCCUGAGCCCCAGCUACAUCGACCUGACGGAGUGCCCGUACAUGUGGCCCUACUGCUCCCAGCCCAUCUACUACGGGGGCAUGCCCACCAUCGUCAACGUCACCAUCCUCAACGGCAUGGGCGUGACCGGCCGGAUCCUGGACAAGCCCAUCUGGCAACCGUACCUGCCCCAGAACGGCGACCACAUCGACGUGGCCAUGUCCUACUCGCCCGUCCUCUGGCCCUGGGCGGGCUACCUGGCCGUGUCCAUCUCCGUGGCCAAGAAAGCGGCAUCGUGGGAGGGCGUGGCGCAGGGUCACGUGAUGGUCACCGUGGCGUCGCCGGCCGAGAACGACUCUAAGGUGGGGGGGGAGCUCACCUCCACGGUGAAGCUGCCGGUGAAGGUGAAGAUCGUGCCGACUCCUCCGCGCAGCAAGAGGGUGCUGUGGGACCAGUACCACAACCUGCGCUACCCGCCGGGGUACUUCCCCCGGGACAACCUGCGCAUGAAGAACGACCCGCUGGACUGGAACGGAGAUCACAUCCACACCAACUUCAGGGACAUGUACCAGCACCUGAGGAGCAUGGGAUACUUUGUGGAGGUGCUGGGCGCGCCCAUUACCUGUUUCGACGCCAGUCAAUACGGCACUCUGCUGAUGGUGGACAGCGAGGAGGAGUACUUCCCCGAGGAGAUCAGCAAGCUCCGCCGCGACAUCGACAACGGCCUGUCCCUCAUCGUCUUCAGUGACUGGUACAACACGUCCGUCAUGAGGAAGGUCAAGUUCUACGACGAGAACACCAGGCAGUGGUGGAUGCCGGACACAGGGGGCGCCAACGUGCCGGCUCUGAACGACCUCAUCUCCGUGUGGGGCAUGGCCUUCAGCGACGGACUGUACGAGGGGGACUUCACCAUGGCCGACCACGACAUGUACUACGCCUCUGGCUGCAGCAUCGCCCGUUUCCCCGACGACGGCAUCGUCAUCGCCGAGACGCUGAAGGAUCAAGGUCUGGAAGUGUUGAAGCAGGAGACUGCAGUGGUGGAGAAUGUUCCCAUCCUGGGACUGUACCAAACGCCGUCUGAAGGGGGAGGCCGGAUAGCUCUCUACGGAGACUCCAACUGUAUAGACGACAGUCACAGGCAGAAAGACUGUUUCUGGCUGCUGGACGCCCUGCUGCAGUUCACCGCGUACAGCAUGACCCCCCCGAGCCUCAGCCACUCCAAGAGCAGGAUGCCCCCCCCCACGGGCACCGAGCGCCCCCUGCCAGAGAGACUGGAGGGUAAUCACCUGUACCGGUACUCCAAGGUGCUGGAGGCGUACCUGGGCGACCCCAAGCCCCGCCCGCUGCCCGCCUGCCCUCACCUGUCCUGGGCCAAACCGCAGCCCCUCAACGAGACGGCGCCCAGUAACCUGUGGAAGCACCAGAAGCUGCUGUCAGUGGACACGGACAAGGUGACCCUGCCCAACGUGAGGGCGUACCGGCCCCAGGUGCGACCCCUGUCCCCCGGAGAGAGCGGGGCCUGGGACAUCCCCGGAGGCAUCAUGCCGGGGCGGUACAACCAGGACGUGGGGCAGACCAUCCCGGUGUUCGCCUUCCUGGGGGCCAUGGUGGUGCUGGCCUUCUUCGUGGUGCAGCUCACCAAGGUGCGGAGCAAGCCCAAGCGGAGGAAGCCUCGGGUGAAGCGGCCUCUGUUCCUGCAGCAGCCCCCGCAGACGCACACGGGCAAGACCCCCACCGUCUGACCCCGCCCCCUCUGCCCCCAGGCCCCGCCCCCUGCCCCUCAGAGAGAGAGAGAGAGCUCGCCGGCCAGCUGGCCAAUAAGGGACGACCGUCUUACCUCU